AUGGCAUUGAUUGAAUCAAAACUUAAAUUUUGGAGAUGUCGAAGAAAAGAUAUUUGUCCAGCAAGGGUGCAUACUUCAUUAGAUAAUUUAGAGAUUAUCAAACUCCCUACAAAAGAACACACCCACGAUUCUGAAUCUAUAGAAAUCGAAGCUGAAAUUGUAGUCACUAAAAUGAAAAGACGGGCAAUUGAAACGAUGGAGACAACUUCUACUAUAAUAAAUGAAUGUGUUAACGGAUUAACACAGUCAGCAAAAGGAAUCCUUCAAAAUAAUGAAGCGUUACGAAAAAUGAUUAGGAGAAAACGGAAUGAAGUAAAUUCAGCUCCAGCGGCACCAAUAGAUUUAAAAACUCUACAGUUACCCGAAAUAUAUAAAACUUACUCGCCAAAUGAUGGAAUAAACGAACAGUUCUUAUUAGCAGAUAGUGGGCAGGAAUCAGAUAGGGUCUUAAUAUUUGGCCGACUUAGUGGACUAAAAAUAUUAAAAAAUUCCCGAACCUGGUACUGUGACGGUACUUUUAGAAUUGCUCCAUUGUUAUUUUCCCAGGUUUAUGUUAUUUUGGCAGAAGCAUUAGGAGGUGUACACCCGAUAAUAUAUGCACUACUUCCAAGCAAAAAAGCUAGUGUUUAUGAAAAAUUAUUAAAUAUGUUAAAAACGCUUGAACCAGAUUUAAAUCCAGACUCAAUUUCUUGUGAUUUCGAACUUGCUGCUUUUACAGCUAUAAAAGAUGCAUUCCCUAAUGUACAAAUAUUUGGAUGUUAUUUUCACUUAUGUCAAAACUUUCGAUCUAAAUUAGAUCUUGAUGAUGCGCUAGAUAUUUUAUCAGAAAGUUUACCCGAGGAGCUAAUAGAUAUAUUAGAUUGGUUCGAAGACUUUUAUAUUGGCCGGAAUAAUCGUAGUCGUGAAGGUCGACGGCCUGCGCGAUUUUCUCCGACAAUGUGGAAUUUAUACGAACGUGUAUUAACAAAUAAAGACCGUACAAAUAACCAUGCUGAAGCGGCGAAUAGAAGAUUAAAUCAGUUAAUGGCAAACAAACCUACAAUUUGGGCUUUCAUAAGCAAAUUACGUAAAAUACAAGCAGGAACGGAUACACAGUAUGAGCAUUUGGUAACGGGUAAUAGUCCACGGAAAAAGUUAAAAAAGUUUAGAGACACAGACAAUCGUAUUUAUCAGCUAGUUGAUAGAUACGAUAAAAAUGACAUUCCAACUUUUAUCAGGGGAAUAUCAAAUAAUAUAGCGUUGAAAUAA